AUGGAAGUAAUGGAGGAGCGACAGACCAAGCGGCGGCGCAUAGACGUCUCGAACGGCGGGCAAGUCUCGUCACAACGGCACGACACCGCCCACCAUGUCCCUUACCAAGAGUUCGACACGGCACCAGACGGCGGAGUGGAAAGCCGAGACAUCGACCGGGACUGGUACAACACGGCCGAGGAUGGCGCCAAUGCACUGGGUGAAGACUAUCACAACCCUUUUGGCAACUACGAAGCGCAAGAGGAAAGUGCGCUGCAGGAGAGGAAGGUGCUGGUGCGGCAACGAGUGAACCCCAAAUACUUGCAGCGGCAAAAGGACAACGAUGCGUGGGAAGCCAACCGCAUGCUGGCGAGUUCGGUGGCGCAGACCAGAGAUCAGGCCCAUGACUUGUUGGACGACGAUGACGAGACGCGCAUACAUUUGCUGGUGCAUGAUCUGAAGCCGCCUUUUCUGGAUGGCAAGACGGUCUUUACCAAGCAGCUGGAUCCGAUCAGUGCUGUGCGUGAUCCUCAGAGCGACAUGGCCGUCUUCUCACGCAAGGGAAGCAAAGUGGUGCAGGAGCGGCGGCAGCGGAAAGAACGACAGAAGCAGGCGCAGGAGGCUACAGGACUCGCAGGCACGGCGCUGGGGAAUAUUGUGGGUGCCAAGGAGGAAGACACGGAUGCUGCUGUGGGACCUGGACAGGCGAACGGGCAGCAUACCAAGUCGAGCAAGUUUGCGGAUAGCCUAAAGAAGCAUACUGGACAGUCGGACUUCUCCCGGACGAAGAGUUCACGUGAGCAACGAGAGUAUCUGCCAGCUUUCGCGGUGCGAGAAGAGCUACUUCGAGUUGUGCGAGACAACCAAGUCACGAUCGUGGUAGGACAGACGGGCUCCGGAAAGACGACACAACUCACCCAAUUCUUACUCGAGGAUGGAUAUGCUCAGCACGGCAUGAUUGGCUGCACCCAACCACGUCGUGUGGCUGCCAUGAGCGUGGCGAAACGUGUGUCUGAGGAAAUGGAAGUGAGGCUGGGAAGUACUGUGGGCUAUGCUAUCCGCUUCGAGGACUGCACGAGCAAGGAGACGUCUAUCAAGUACAUGACUGAUGGUGUACUCCUCCGAGAGUGCCUGACAAACCCGGACCUGGAUCAGUACAGCUGUAUCAUCAUGGACGAAGCACACGAGCGAGCUCUCAACACUGACGUCCUCAUGGGCCUGAUCAAGAAAGUCCUCUCGCGCCGCCGCGACCUAAAACUCAUCGUCACCUCCGCCACCAUGAACGCAGAGCGCUUCAGUCGCUUCUACGGCGGUGCACCGGAAUUCUUCAUCCCGGGCCGGACUUUUCCCGUCGACAUACAGUACUCGAGAUCACCCUGCGAAGAUUAUGUCGACAGCGCUGUGCGCCAAGUCCUCGCCAUCCACGUCAGCCAGAGCGAUGGCGAUAUACUAGUCUUCAUGACUGGACAGGAAGACAUCGAAGCUACCUGCGAGCUCAUCGCAGAGCGUCUAGCUCAACUAAACGACCCACCAGAACUCUCUAUCCUGCCCAUCUACUCACAGAUGCCAGCGGAUCUGCAAGCCAAGAUCUUCGACCGUGCUGCGCCUGGUGUGCGUAAAGUUAUUGUGGCGACCAACAUCGCCGAGACAAGUCUCACGGUUGAUGGUAUCAUGUAUGUGGUUGAUUGCGGCUAUUCGAAGCUCAAGGUCUACAACCCACGCAUGGGAAUGGACACUCUACAGAUCACGCCCAUCUCGCAAGCCAAUGCCUCGCAGAGAGCAGGACGGGCCGGUCGUACUGGUCCAGGAAAAGCAUUCCACCUCUACACCGAGCGAGCGUUCCGAGAUGAACUAUACAUUGCCCAGAUUCCAGAGAUUCAGCGCACAAACCUAGCCAACACCGUCCUCCUCCUCAAAUCCUUAGGCGUGCGGAAUCUGCUCGACUUCGACUUCAUGGACCCACCCCCUCAGGACACAAUCACAACUUCCCUCUUCGACCUGUGGGCACUAGGCGCAUUGACAAAUCUAGGCGAGCUUACAGAUCUCGGCCGUAAAAUGACAUCCUUCCCCAUGGAUCCCUCCCUGGCAAAACUCGUCAUCACUUCCAGCUCCAUCUACAGCUGCUCGGAAGAAAUGCUCACGAUAGUGAGUAUGCUCUCCGUCCCUUCCGUCUUCUACAGGCCAAAGGAAAGGCUUGAAGAGUCCGACGCGGCGAGGGAGAAGUUCUUCGUCCAUGACAGUGAUCAUUUGACGCUCUUGACAGUGUAUCAACAAUGGGUAGCCAACGGCAUGAAAGAUGGGUGGUGUACGAGGCAUUUCCUGCAUCCGAAGGCGCUGCACCGCGCACGCGAGAUUAGGCAGCAGAUUGAGGACAUCAUGAAGUCCCUUUCCAUGCCUCUCAUCUCCUGCGGCUACGACCUUGAUAUAGUCCGCCAAUGCAUCUGCUCCGGCUUUUACCAUCAAUCCGCUCGCCGAAAGGGUCUAGGCGAAUAUAUCAACCUCCGGACCUCGGUCUCAGUCCAACUCCACCCCACGAGCGCUUUGUUCAACUCUGGAGAUCCACCGGACUUUGUCGUCUACCACGAACUCAUUCUCACAUCAAAAGAGUACAUGAGUUGCGUCACGGCUGUGGACGCACAUUGGUUGGCUGAUCUGGGAGGGGUGUUUUACUCGGUCAAGGAGAAGGGGUUUGGGGCACAGGGCAGACGGGAAAUCGAGUACUCGAAGAAGCAGGAGCUCGAGCGAGGUUUUAAAGAGGAUCGGAUGGUGCAAAAGAGGCUUGACGAGGAAGCGGAUGAUGGAGGGCCGAAAAUUGUGGGCAUGAAGGUGGGCGCAGCUCCUAUCAAGAAGGUGGCUAUCAGCAAGAGCAGUGCGGUAGUAAAGCCGGUGAUCAAGAAGCGUCGCUGA